CACCGUCCCUUUCAUAAAGAAUCUCGGAAACGCGUUCUCCACCGUCGGAUGGAAUCAACAUCCCUACCCGUUUUAUAUAACCCACCCGUUUUCAUUCCGCCCUGCUGAGAAGUAACGCAAACGCGAGAAAACAGCAGACACAGAGACGCAACCAAACAGCGAAGAAGAAGAAGAGGAAGAAAGGAGGCAGCUCCACAACCAACCAUGGCGGCGACCGUUUCAUCUCCCUGGGCCAAGCCCGGCGCGUGGGCUCUGGACGCCGAGGAACACGAGGCCGAGCUCGAGCAGCAGGAGGAGCAACAACAGCAACAGGCGACGGUUAAAGAACCCACGGCCGAUUUCCCGUCCCUCGCCGCCGCCGCUGCCGAUCUCAAGCAGUCCAAGAAGAAGAAGAAGAAGGCGACGGCCAUUCCCCUGGCCAUGUACCAAGCAGCUAAAUACACCCAGCCCGAAUUGACCACCGCGGCCCUCCCCAAGGGCCCCCGCGAGCGCUCGGCGGAGGAGCUCGACCAGAUUCGAGGCGGCGGAUUCAGAUCCUACGGUAUGAACAGCUACCGGAACGGCGACGAUUCGUCUAAUUCGCGAUGGGGUAGGGAUUCUAAUUCUUCUGGCCCUAGGGAUAGGGAUUCGAGCAGGGAAAGGGAACCCUUAGGUCCGUCCCGCGCCGAUGAGGACGAUGAUUGGUCGAAGGCGAAGAAAUCGCCCGCGGUGAUGAACGGAAAUGGGUUCGACAGGAGGGAUAGGGAUAAUGGGUUCGACAGGAGGGAUAGGGAUAGGGGCUCGUCGUUCUUCGACUCGCAAUCGAAAGCCGACGAGGCUAGUAGCUGGGUGUCCAAUAAGCCCGCGGUUGAGCCGAGGAAAUUUGGCGGCGGAUUUGUUGAGCGGAGAGGUAGUUUCGAUUCUCUGUCACGCGAUAGGCAAGGUUCCAUGAACGGUGGUGGGUCUGCGGAUUCUGAGACCUGGGGGAGGAAGAGGGAAGAGGGGGAUGGAACUGGGGCCAUGACUGCUCGGCCGAAGCUGGUGUUGCAGCCGAGGUCUGUGCCUGCGAGUAAUGGUGAUGAUUCUGUGGCCAAACCCAAGGGGUCGAGUCCAUUUGGGGAUGCUAAGCCGAGAGAUGAGGUUUUGCAGCAGCCACGGGCUGUCGCUGUGAGUGAUGAGAAUGAAUUGGUGGUGGUGAAGCCAAGGAGUUCGAAUCCGUUUGGGAGUGCUAGGCCGAGAGAGGAGGUUUUGGCCGAGAAGGGGAAGGAUUGGAAGGAGAUUGAUGAGAAGUUGGAGAGCAUGAAGCUCAACAGUAAGAAUGAAGAGGAUAAGGUGGAAAGAGGGGACAAGACUUCAAGGUGGAGCUUUGGUCGUGUAGGCUCUGGUGAAACUGUGGAGAGGAGCUGGAGGAAGCCCGAUUCAGUUGAUUCCAGUUCUCGGCCUCAAAGUGCCGAGACAGUCGAGAAUGGAGUUGAGAAUGGACAUUCAGAUGCUAUCGAGCACGAGAAUGGUAAGCAGGACGAGAAUGGCACUGCCGAGGAGAACUGAACAGAGACCACUGAAGUUUUGCCGAUGGAUUGAUAUGAUUUUUGGGAGAAGAAAGAGAGAAGUAGAGAGAGAGAACACUAUUAUUUAUUAGCAGACCCUGUGUUUUGUUUGAUAACUUUCUUGUAUUAAGUUUUGUUAUAGUCUACUUCUUGUCCUGGUACUCUGUCAUAGAGAGACCUCUGCGUUUGUUUGUUUUGAUACUCAAACUGAACACUGUCACUGAUUCUUCUGUGUUUGGUGGGUUAGUUGUUAUGAAUGUUUGCAGCUCUCCUUAAUCCUUAUUAUGUAACUCCACAGUUUUUAUGCCUGAAUUGAUUGAUUGGCCAGGAUGGUGACCGUGUUCAACUUCAUCACCUUCAUUUUACCUUCUACAAUUUUUAUAGAACUUGAUCUUCA